AUGAGCUCGGAAGUAGCCGUUGCCUUGGUUCGUCCACCCUUCGAGGCUGGCGCAAACCCUUCUGCUUCCAUGGCGGCAUUGAUGCAGUCCACCAACGACCCCGUUGCUGUUUCCAACCCUAUCACCGGAUCAUCAUCAUCCAUUGUUACUUCCGAUCCCAUCUCCUUCCUUAAACCUCCAUCGAAACCAGAAUCCAACUUGAGCUCCAUCGCUAGCGCGGGACUACACGUCUCCCGCUCUCAACCACCUCAGAUGACGAGUCCUUCCUCAGCGCCGGAUCGUCCGGUGGAACAAGAUAGGGAUGCGGAGCGGAAUAGUUCUCAGGUGGCUCGCGAGGCAUUGGGCGCCAGUGAAAAAUCACCGGCCCCUUCAAUCCAAGAACCACAGAUUCAUGCAUCUCCAGAACAGAUGCAAAUAGACACUCAUUCCAACGCCACACCAGACCCGUAUGGACCCGGCGACCAUUCGAACUCCCUCAUGCAUGCAUCUACAGUCGCAAGUCCGGGCCCUAUUGAAGAAUCGACCUCGCAAGAUGGGGAUCGUCACCAUCAUCGCCCGCGAGAUGACUCGGAGAUCGACCAGGAUAGUAAUAAAGCCUUUUCGUAUCCCAUGCCUACGGGGAGUAUCAAUGAUCCUCGUCGCGGGUUAAGCUUACCACAUACGGGCUAUAAUCGAGGUAGCCCUCGCUCACCAUCAGCGAAGAAACAUCGCUGCCCCUAUUGCGCCACUGAAUUCACCCGUCAACAUAAUCUUAAGAGCCAUUUGCUCACUCAUAGUCAAGAGAAACCCUUUGUUUGUUCCACAUGUCAAAGUCGGUUCCGCCGACUGCACGACUUGAAACGGCACACUAAAUUGCAUACGGGCGAACGACCGCAUACUUGUCCCAAGUGUGGACGACGUUUUGCUCGUGGUGAUGCGCUCGCAAGACACAACAAAGGUCAAGGUGGAUGUGCAGGUCGUCGCGCAAGUAUGGGAAGUUUUGCGCCGGACGAUGAAUACGGAGAUGGUCAACACCCUGAUGACGGCAUGGAUGGAUUGGUGUACGCGGAGCCAGAGUCGAUGGAUGGAGAAGAAGAGCGCCGACUCAAUAGUCAGGGCAUGCGCAAGAUGGAUGAUAGUAUCUCACGGUCCGAUUCACUGAACACUCGUCAGCCCAGCACAUAUCCACCGAUUGCUGCGAACCGUGGGGGUAUCUUUACUCCAUCUGUCACGCACGGUGGAUCUGGAUCGACAUCAUCAACCUCGCAAGCGGGGAACCUCACAUUCCCUCCAGCAGGCCAUCCCUCUGGAACAUCUCUCUUCACGCCUAGUAAUCUUGCUGAGAGCUCAAAACCUUUAUCUCCCAACGCCUUAUCACAUCACGAUUCGAGCACGUCUUCACAUCGAGGGCAUUCCCCAAGUAUGGGGCAGACAUUGCCUCACCCGCAAGUGUCAUUCGGGCGAGGAAUAACAGGGCCCAGCCACCCGUUAGGUCUCACCUUGCCACAACCGGGCACUAAGCUUCCACCCCCUGUGAUCAAUUCACCAGACCCUCGUUUCGGUCCCGCAUCCAACAAACAUACGUCAUCGCACAGCCACUCGAGCAGUCAUGGAUUACCUCCGCCUCCAACGGGGCUUGAUGGUCUCGGUCCCGAAGGAGCUGGUGAUGCCAGUCAAAUCGAUAAAUUGUGGGCAUAUGUCCGCUCGAUGCAUGACGAAUUGAAUGGGUUACGCAAUGAGGUUGUCUCACUUCGCGCACACAUAGCCUCCAUCAACUCAUCGACAGCACCCCCUGCAGACUCGAACCAACCGGGUCCCAUUUCGCGGUAG